CCUCCAUCUUGCACGCAGCCUUCGCCUGCUCGUGUCAUGACGUCACUCCUCUGCCUCUCUCCGCCGACAAUACUUGAGUCCGAGUCAGAACAAGGUGCUAGAUGCCAGUGAUUUCACCUUAGCUAGCAGCUGAAGGCCUGGAAAGAAUUAUACCCAUAAAGUGUCGAAGUUGUAGUGAACGUCGGUUCCUUCAGGAAUCAUCCAUGACAGUCUUCAAGACUGUGAACAUACUGUGAGUGAACCACUGUUCUUCGUUCCGAAUAAUCGAGCUAUAACAUCUGUGAAAUUUUGGAAAAGGAACAUGAACGCGGAGAAGAGCAGAAGCUUAUGCGCAUCGAACGAAUAUCCUGCUCCUCCGACAACAUUCAUUUAACGUCGACGCUGUCUGUUCACGUUCGGCAACAGCCCAAGUCUUGCUAGCAGCAGGAUGGCAAGGAAGGUUAACAAAAACCAUUACGUGGCUAGCUCACCAACAGAGUCCGUGUCUCCGAUCCACGUUCCCAGGGGCGUGGCAAGCACAACCAGGGCGUACUCGACGGAUGGGGAAGAGAGUCAGCGGGCGCCAUCAGAUCGGACCCUGUCCGAGUAUAUGGUUGGCAACGAGCGCGCUGCAGCUACUGAGGCAGCGCCUGGCGAGCGGAACCAUCGCAAAGACCGACACAGGAACGGGCGCAGCAAGAGCAGGGACAAUCACUAUGACAACGAAGGGUCGGACAUCUACGUCACGAGUGCUGCUUACAAAGCUCCGUCAGAACUCAGGUGAGGCACCAACACUUCACUCCUUGGACGGGGGAUCAGCCCGUCGAGAGGCCGCUACCUAUAUAC